UAGCAUUUGGGGAAGCAUGGGAGUUUCUGUGUCUCCCACAGGAAGGUGUUAUGGGUGAAUGUGAAUGUGGGAGUCACAGCAAAUGUGAUGUGUAUGCCUAUGACACUCUACAUACAGCACACACAUAUAAGUGGCAUGACGUGAGUAUAGGCAUGUCUCAGCCAUCAAGUAUCCCCAAAGUAUGCCAUUGUGGAUGUGGGUGGUGGUGACAGGUGAUGCUCCUCUCACUGCAUGAACAUGAGUGCGCUGUGCUGCGCCAUGUGUAUACCUGUCAUGGUGAGGUGGGAGCACACAGCUGUAGAUGUGUCGUGUGCCAGCGUAAACAGGCUGUGUCAUUCUGCAUGUGCUGGGUUUUGUCACCCUGUGUGUUCAGAGCACAGAUGUGCACGCGGCCACUUACUUCUGUAUUCAGGCUUUGUGAUUCAUGAAGGUAAAAGUCAGGGGGAAACAAUGUGGUUCUUGGCCUUGUUAUUGGCAUGACUCUGGGACUUGAGAACUCUGGGAGAAAGUGCUUGGGCCUGGGGGUGGGGCGAGUCAGUCACACAGAGCAUGGAUAUGAUGUGGGGAACCAGGGCGGGGAGGAGUCAGCAAGAAUAUAUACUUUGUGUAGGUCCCUGGGAGUUCCUGAAUGUGUACUCAGGGUGUAACUGAGUCCUUAUGCCCCAGAGUGUGUGCCCAUGGGCACACAUGUGCCCCUAAAUGCAUGCAGCCUGAGAUAUACAAUAUGUCCCUAAGACCCAUGCGUGUAAUUGUGCCCAUAAAGUAUUGGUGCCACUCAGCAGUACCUAUGGGUAUACCUAUCCCUGAUCGCUCUACCCCACCACUUAUGCCUUUAAUUGAUAUAAGAGAACAUGUGCUCAAGGGCAUGCAUGUGCUCCAGAGGCAAGAGACGUGUGCUCAUCGUGGUACCUGUGCUCCUGAGCAGGAGACCACAUGUACUGCUGUCCUCCCGCUCAUGGGCCAACCAAAGCCAUGGCUGGAUACUCAGCCGCUGGCCCGGUGGAUACGCGCGCCCUCCAGCGGCCAUUCUCGGGUAACGCCGCGCGCGCCCCGCCCACACGCCCGGCCCCCCGCGCGCCUGCGCACGCAACGUCUUUUACGGCGUCGUAAAGAAGUGUGGCCGAACCGACGGCCUCAGUUCCCGGGCCGCAGCGGCAUGGAGGCGCGCUUCACGCGCGGGAAGUCUGCGUUGCUGGAGCGCGCACUGGCGCGGCCGCGCACUGAAGUGAGCCUGAGCGCCUUCGCGCUGCUCUUUUCCGAACUGGUGCAGCACUGCCAGAGCCGCGUCUUCUCGGUGGCUGAGCUGCAGGCGCGCCUGGCCGCGUUGGGCCGCCAGGUGGGCGCGCGCGUCCUCGACGCACUGGUGGCUCGGGAAAAGGGGUCCCGGCGGGAGACCAAGGUGCUGGGUGCGCUGCUCUUCGUCAAGGGGGCCGUGUGGAAGGCGCUCUUUGGCAAGGAGGCUGACAAGCUGGAGCAGGCCAAUGACGACGCGCGCACCUUCUACAUCAUCGAGCGGGAGCCGCUCAUCAACACCUACAUCUCGGUGCCCAAGGAGAACAGCACGCUCAACUGCGCCAGCUUCACGGCCGGCAUCGUGGAGGCCGUACUCACACACAGCGGCUUCCCUGCCAAGGUCACGGCGCACUGGCACAAGGGCACCACGCUCAUGAUCAAGUUUGAAGAGGCCGUCAUUGCCCGAGACCGGGCCUUGGAGGGCCGCUGAGCCCGGGAGAUAAAGGAUGCAGAAAGCCCCUUUC